AUGCAGAAACACCCAUCGAUUGGCAGCAUCACGCGGCCUGUUAAGCCACUCCAAAAUUAUGAAUUGGCUGAAACAUCCCAAAAUGAUGGUGGUGGCGAGGCGGGAAAAUAUAUGAAUGAAUGUCGCACUAAAGACGGUCUUUCUCUUCUCUUUGCUAACUCGGAUGCGCCUGCCUAUAUUGUUCAUAUUAAUUGUCUUGGAGGUUUUGGCGAUAACAUGAAAAACCGUAAAAUUUCAAAAGCAUUCGCUAAUUUUCUUACAGAAAAAACAAGGGCGCCGAGUAAUCGAGGAUAUUUAUUUUUCAACGAUCCGGGCUACGCGAAUGUGGCACUACCACAGAAGAAGUUUUGUUGA